AUGGCUGAAAUUCUGCUGAUCUGCUGCAUUGGCGAGUCUGAUCUAAAAACCACGACCUUGAGAUCUACCCUGGGGAAGAACACUUUAAAGGGAGUGUGGGUGUUCCUGGCCCUAGUUGGCCAGGUGGUGGCACCAGCUGCUCUUUCCAGUGGGCAAAUAACAGUUCAAGUGGUUGAGGAACCCACAAACAGGGUGCUGAAUGAGUAUGACGUCUUCAUGAUACAAAUCUUGAUGAGUCGAAGUCUAACAAGUCUGGAGCAGGAUGUACCACAAAGCUGGUCCAAAAUCACCAGCUAUGAAGAAGUAUCCUCAUCAUUACUGACUCUUCAGAGGAAACUUCAGGAACAUGAUGUGCUGCUGACACUGAUUGUACUUGACACACUACCCGAGUUCCUGAAUGACGACCUCGUACAGAGAGCCGUGUUAAAGGCUUGGACUACAUUAGAAGAUGAAGAAGAAUUACUGGAAAAUCACUUUGAAGAGAAAACAUCUCGAAAUAAACAUGUUGUCCUCACAAAUGGUUCUUUUCAAAGCCUCCUGACACAGCUUAAAGGUGAGCCAUUUGACAGUGAUGAGGUUCAUAGUCAACUCCAUUCAGCAGAUUCCCCAAGCAAACUGGUCAUCAUUGAUGGUGAACCACAAGUUCUGAGGUUUCAAGAAUUCCAAAUCCUGUUUGGAAUUUAUGUACAACAUACAUUGCUGAACCAACAACAACUGAUGAAACGAAAACCUCAGCUACCAAGAAGGGCAAAUGGACAAUCUGGAUCAAGUGGUGCAGAUAUCAGAAAAGAAGCAGCAGCAAAAAGCAAGGUUGUGUUGACAAAAGAUGCAUUCCAAAGCCUUCUAAAACAGGUCAAACUUGACACAUUACAGGAUGAAGAUCAUGAGCCAUCUCAUAGUCAAGAUGUGGAAGUAUCUGCAAGCAAAGUAGGAUUAUCUAAAGGCAGAACUACAUCACCUCUCAUGCUCCAGAAAGAGUUCCUCAGUAAACUGGUAUCGCAGACUAUGAACACACUUCACAGACAGUCCACAUUGCACGACCAGCUGAUGUUCCUUGAUGGAGCACUGGACCAGGACUUGCCAGAGAGCCUUGAAGAGACUGAAUCACCAAGCAAAUUAGUUACCCCUGUGAUGUACCAAAGGGAAUUCCUCAGUAAAAUACUGUCACAAACAAUGAACACAAUUUACGGAGAGUCAGGAUUGCAAGAUAAACUGAAGAUGUGGGAUGCAAUGCUGGAGUUAGCAUUUCGGAAACGUCUUGAGAACACAGAAUCACCAAGCAAACUAAUUAACCCUGUGAUGUACCAACGAGAGUUCCUCAGUAAAAUACUGUCACAAACAAUGAACACACUUUACGGAGAUUCAGGAUUCCUGGACCAAGUGGAGUUGUUUGAUGGAGUGCUUGCCUUUGCUUUUCAGGAACAUCUAGCAAAGACAGAAUUACCAAACAAACUAACUACGCCCAUUAUGUAUCAAAGAGAGUUCAUAGCUAAAAUACUAUCGCAAACAAUGAGCACACUUUAUGGAGAGUCAGGAUUGGGAGAUGAACUGAAUUUCUUUGAUCGAGUACUGGACAAAGACUUACCAGAGAGCCUAGAAGAGACUGAGUCACCAAGCAAACCAAUUACCCCUGUGAUGCACCAAAGAGAGCUCCUCAGUAAAGAAUUAUUGCUUACAAUGAGCACACUUUAUAGAGAGUCAGGAUUACAGGACAAACUGAAGGUACUUGAUGGAGAAGACUUGACAUCAAUGGAGCAUCCCGAUAAGACAGAAUCGCUAAGCAAAUAUAAUACCCUUGUGAUGCACCAAAGAGAGUUUCUCAGUAAAAUACUAUCACAAACAAUGAGCACACUUUAUGGAGAGGCAGGAUUACAGGACCAACUGAAGGUACUUGAUGGAGAGGCCUUGGCAUCAUUGGAACGUCCAGAUAAGACAGAAUCACCAAGCAAACUAAUUAGCCCCGUGGUGCACCAAAGAGAGUUACUCAGUAAAGAACUAUUUUUAACAAUGAGCAAACUUUAUGUAGAGUCAGGAUUGCAGGAAAAACUGAGGGUGUUUAAUGGAAUACUGGACUUGGCAUCGCUGGAUCAUCCAGAGAAGACAGAGUCACCGAGCAAAUUUAUUACCCCUGUGAUGUACGAAAGAGAGUCCCUCAGUAAAGAACUAUUGCAAACAAUGAGCACACUUUAUGGAGAGUCAGGAUUACAGGACCAACUGAAGUUGCUUGAUGGAGAGGACUUGACAUCAAUGGAGCAUUCCGAUGAAACAGAAUCACUAAGCAAAUUAAUUACCCUGGUGAUGCACCAAAGAGAGACCCUCAGUAAAGAACUAUUUUUAACAAUGAGCACACUUUAUGGAGAGUCAGGAUUACAGGACCAACUGAAGGUACUUGAUGGAGAGGACUUGGCAUCACUGGAACGUCCAGAUAAGUCAGAAUCACCAAGCAAACUAAUUAGCCCUGUGAUGUACCAAAGAGAGUUUCUCAGUAAAAUACCAUCGCAAACAAUGAAGACACUUUAUGGAGAGUCCGGAUUGCAGGACCAACUGAAGAUGUGGGAUGGAGUGAUGGAUCAGACAAAAUACACAGUUGCAGCUUCAUCUCAAAGCUUCGAUGGUCUGAAGCAGGAUGCCUGGUUGAGUCAAGAGGCACUAAGGGGAGGACUGAGGUCAGCUGUUGGGGUCAAGGCAAGUGCUUCCUGUAAUUAUAAAGAAACCCACCAAGUAGUCCAGCUGUACACAGACUCGUGUUACAGGAGGUCAGGCAGCUUCACACAACGGAUGGCAGGGUUGGGGGGUUUAUGGUAUGACAAACUGAAGUAUCAUGUAUUUAGUACUGCUUAUUCCAACCCCCAUAAACUCCAUAAUAACGACCUGGAAAUGUUGGCCAUUUUAGUUGCUUUAAACCUACAUGGUAGAGACUGGCAAGGUAUGAAUGUUGAAGCGUAUUGUGAUAACGAGUCGACAGUUAAAUUACUUAAUGCAUAUUGUGACGAUACAUCCUUAAACGUGUUAAAAUGUAAGAGUAGGAAUCGAAAACAGAGGAGUAGUAAAAUUCAAACUUUUAUUAUUAAUGAAAUUAAUGAAGAAGUAUGUAGGUAUAAAUUUAGGUUAUCUACCAUCCAAAUUGGUGGGAAACAAAAUUGUCGAGCCGAUAUGUUGUCAAGACGUGGGAUUGAGGAGUUUUCAUCUCAUCUCCCUCGGGGUGCGCGAUAUUGUGAAUAUAAUGUUAUGGCUGAACUACAUUCCUUCGAUCGAAGUCUGGAAAGUUGGAUGAAAACAUUUUGAUGAUGUAUGUGGAUGUGUAUGUGUAUGGAUGAAUGUUUGAUGCAGCAAUCUGGAGUAUUGCAGCUGUGGUAUGUUGUGAGUGGGUGGGUGUAGUGAACGUGUGAGUUUAGUUUUACGCCGCACUCAGCAAU